UAUGGCGACUAGUGGGUUCACGUUUGGUCAAACCGGUACUGGUACAACGACUGGUACUGGCUUAGGUGGAAGUACUGGAUUUUCAUUUGGGGCGGCCAAGACAACUGCGACAACAGGUACAACGGGAGGCUUUUCCUUUGGAACGACACCUCAGCAGGCAACAACCAGUCAUCCAGCCCCUACCCUGGGAGGAUUUGGCUUUGGGGCUGCAGCUGCUAAGCCUGCAACAACUACAGCCACAACUGGUUUGUUCGGAGGUCUGGGUGGAACUGCUGCAACAACAACAACAGCUGCAUCAACAGGAUUUACUUUGGGAGGAUUAGGGGCUGCAGCUGCAACAACCACAUCAUCAGCAACAGGUUUUUCAUUUGGAGGGUUGGGUGGCACCAAAACUACCACUGCUGGGACAGGAUUAACUUUGGGUGGUUUGGGUGGCACAACUGCUGCCUCUACAGGGUUCAGCCUGGGCGGAACUACCACUAGUGCAGCAAGUGGUUUCUCCCUUGGGGGCACAUCAGCGACAUCAAGUGGACUUAAUCUUGGUGGUUUGUUAUCCAGCACAACAACAACCGCAUCAGGUGGCUUGGGGGGGACUGCUACAGCUAACAUAUUCAGUGCUGGGAAUGCAGCCAAAAAAGAUGCUGCAAAAGGGUUGGGAGGAGUGGACCCGAAGACUGCGUCCUCUGCGUCAGGUGCCAGUACAACAAAUGGCAAACCUAGUGAUGCGAAGACAGUGAAGGAGACACCCAUGCCAGACCUUCUUGUGCAAACAGUGGAGGAUUUUAAGAAGCAUAUAAAGGAUCAGAAGUCAGUACGGGAAGACAUUGCCAGGAUGUCGUCUAAAGCAAUGUACAAAGUUCAGGAGGAUGUGGUAUCGUUAAAGCAGCUGUUAUCUGUGGUGUCGAAUGGCCUGCAGCGAAAUGCGGCGGCUAUUGAGAAGCUUAAGUGGGAGGCUGCUCAGGAGCUGAAGAAUGCUGAGAUGGCCCACAGGACUAAGGAUAUACCGGCGGGUUUACAGUAUGAAAACACAGCGCCCACAGAGUAUUACCACAGACUGGUGGAGGACUUUGAACAGCGCAUGCAGACAUAUCGCCAGCAGAUAGAGACCAUGGAGAGUCACUUAGCCUGUCUACAUCAGCCCAAGAAAAUGUCCCCUCAGGAGCUUGUUCUUCUUCUGCGUAAAAUCCACGAGACGUUCCUAGCUCUGGCAGCACAGCUACACCAGGUGCACGAAGCUGUAAAGACCCAGAAGGACCACUACCUGAAUUAUAGGAAGGUGUUCCACGCUGACGAUAAGAAUGUGUUUGAGAAGUACAAAAAGCCAGCUUCUCUGCAUGUGCGGUCUCACCAUACAGAGAUUGGAGGACCUAACACCUUCUCGGGGCUGUCUGGAGCAGCAGCUGCAGCCAUGGCAUCUGCUGUUAGCAGAGUCCAGGAUCCCUCAGGUGCUCCCCCAGCUGUGGGUCUGGGAACAGCUGGUCUGUCAGGACAGACAUCCUCCCUUACCGGCGGGUUGUUCGGCUCCACGGGAGGCACCUCCAGUACAGGGCUGGGGUUUGGCACUCCUAAUCCUGGGUUUUCCUUCAACACUUCUAGCAGUACACCAGCUGUGAAACCAAUAGGUUUAUUUGGAAAUCUGACAGCUAGCAAUACAUCAGGGUUUGGACUGGGAACCCCGCAGACAGCAUCCUCGGGGACUGCUACACCCAUGCCUGGAGGGACACCAGGCUUCGGUACACCAGGGGGUGCUCCUGUGGAGAACAAAAUGUUCCUCUUGUCCAGACCGCCAGUAAAACGAGGAAAACGCUGAAUGAGCUGUCUGGAAUGUGUGUGUGUUUUUUUUUAACAGCUAGAACAAAUGCUGUGGACAUUUUCUCUGUAUGUUGAGACCAUGCCUUUGUAUUCUCUAAAACAACAGUUCCUAGGUUACUUGACUGAAGAACUGCGCAGAAAUGCGUCAUAAAUAUGAAAAUAUACAGUAUGAUGACAUGAAAUAUAUUAUAUGUGAAAUAUGUGUACAGCAUAGCAAAAGAUAGAAGUAAUGAAUCUGAGAGCAAAGCUGAUUUUGUUUCAUUGAAGGAGAAAUUAUCACUUUAUCAUUAUAGAAUCUUAACUACAUUUGCAAAGAAUCAAGGCAUACAUGGUUAAGUUUGGGAGAAACGUACCAUCAAAUCAUGCUAAUGUAAGAAAUUCACAUUCAAAUGUUGUCCGUGGUUGCAAGAAAAUAAAUGUAUAUUUUUAAUGUUGAACAUCGACUUUGUUGGGUGAUAUUUGGCAGUGCAGACUUGACUAAUGUUUGAAUGCUACCCACGGAAAAGUGCGCUAAACGAUCUAAAAUUUCACCUGUAGAUUUGCUAAAUGUAUCCCAUGAUUCAUUGUGCUGAUUGUGGUCCUUACUGAUUGGGCACUGCCAAAGAGCAUCAGCGGUGGUCGGUAUUAUAUGGACAGUUCACUCUUCACUGAGAAGUCACAAGUAUAAGAGGCAAGGAUAACCAAAAUAUUUAGUUGUUCAUGAUUGUUCAGUUAUAACAUAUUCUCAUUUGUCAGUCUGCUACUCAGCUGUGUUUCUAUUUUUAACAGUUCUAAAAUUUUAUAUCUAUAUUUUCCUUGGCUAAGUUUUAUCUGAAAGUCUCUUUAUUUACUUAAUAUCAAUUUAUUGUACGCAGAAAAUGCAACGACAAACAAUGAGUUUGAUUGUAGUUCAUAUUCAACGUCAAAUCAUUUUGAUAACAGGGUGAAUAACUACAAAGCAAGAUGGCAGUGUUCAGGUUUAUCACUAUGCAUGUCGAGAGAGGGUCAUACAUAAAACAAACAAAAGCACAUUCUUAAUCAUGCGUGUGCUACAACAAAGCACAUUCUUAAUCAUGUGUGUGCUACAACAAAGCACAUUCUUAAUCAUGUGUGUGCUACAACAUUG